AUGAAAAGUUGCCCCUUUCGUAACGCUCAACCAGUGAAAGUAAAGACAAAUGAAAAUCUCAAUUUAGUGAUCGAUAAACAUGGAAAAUUGCUAAAAAAUAUUAAGAAAAACUUCACCAUCAUCAAACAGAUUGAGGUCUUGGGUAAACGAAUGAAAAAAAAUUGGAGUGAAUUGGGAAAGUUUAUGAAGCGUAAAAAAGAUUUUCCCAGUCGUGAUUGUGAAUAA